AUGACUCUCGAAGAUCAAAUUGUUCAAUCGAAUCCUGUACUUGAAGCAUUUGGUAAUGCUAAAACAACUCGUAAUAACAACUCAUCACGAUUUGGUAAAUUUAUUCGAAUUCACUUCGGUAAUUCUGGUAAAAUUGCUGGUGCUGAUAUUGAAGUAUAUUUACUUGAAAAAGCUCGUGUCAUCUUUCAGCAACCAGCUGAACGUACCUAUCAUAUUUUCUAUCAAUUAACUUCAAAUGCUUUUCCGGAAUAUCAUAAGGAAUGUCUUCUUGUUAAUGAUGUAUCAAAAUAUCAUUAUUCAUCUCAAGGUGUUACAACAAUUGAUAAUGUUGAUGAUGCUGAAGAAAUGAAACUUACGGAUGAAGCUUUUGAUAUUCUUGGUUUUACUCGGGAAGAAAAACUUAAUAUGUACAAAUGUACAGCAGCAGUUAUGCAUUUUGGUAAUACUGAAUGGAAACAACGACCUCGUGAAGAGCAAGCCGAAGCUGAUAAUACCGAAGAGUGUGAGAAAGUAGCACAUCUUCUCAAUAUUGAAGCAGCCGAACUUAUUAAAGGUUUACUCAAACCACGUAUUAAGGUCGGUAAUGAAUAUGUUAACAAAGGACAAAAUAAAGAGCAAGUUGUAAACUCAAUUGGUGCUCUUUCAAAAUCGAUCUAUUAUCGUAUGUUUUGUUGGUUGGUUGAACGUGUCAAUGUAACACUCGAUGUUAAAGCUAAACGACAGUACUUUAUUGGUGUACUUGAUAUUGCUGGUUUUGAAAUUUUCGAUUACAAUGGAUUUGAACAGUUAUGUAUCAAUUAUACCAAUGAACGUCUUCAACAAUUCUUCAAUCACCAUAUGUUCGUUUUAGAACAGGAAGAAUAUAAGAAAGAAGGUAUUCAAUGGGAAUUUAUUGAUUUUGGUAUGGAUUUACAAGCUUGCAUUGAUCUCAUUGAGAAACCUAUGGGUAUUUUAUCCAUUCUUGAAGAAGAAUGUAUCGUACCAAAAGCAACAGAUAAAACAUUUGUUGAAAAACUUUAUAAUAAUCAUUUGGGUAAACAUCCACAAUUUGGUAAACCAAAACCAGCUAAAGGCAAAGCAGAAGCACAUUUUGAAAUUCAUCAUUAUGCCGGUAGUGUACCAUAUACAGCAACUGGUUGGCUUGAAAAGAACAAAGAUCCUAUUAAUACUACUGUUGCUCUUCUCUUUGCUAAAUCGAAGAAUGCAUUGUUAAGUACUUUGUUUGCUGAUGUUGCUGAAGAAGAAGGAGGUGGUUCUGCUGGUGGUAAAACUGGAAUGAGGAAGAAAGGUGGCAGUAUGCAAACUAUUUCAGCUACUCACCGUGUAAGUUUGUUACUCUGAAAAAAAAGGAGUUUCACAGAACGCUUCGAAAAGGUUCUGUAGAUUUCGAAAAGUCUCCAAAUAUGUUCAAAGUCUCAAAAAAAGGAUAAAAAUUUCUACAGAACCUUUUCAAGCUUCUGUGUUUUACCCACUCGUAGAACCAUCUCUUACAGAACAUUUUUUCAGGUUAUGUAAAGCAAAAAAGGUUCCGUGAGAAAAUACGAAACCUUAAGGGUUCUGUACAA